ACGCUGGCGGGAGCGAGCACGUCCGAGACCCGGCGGCUGCGGCCCUGGGAAGUGUAACCGGGGUCAGGGCUGUGGCAGCCGCUUAGGGUUAACUAGGAACACCUGGGUUCAAGUCCUGUCUCUAUGACACAUACUGUCUGUGUGACUUUGGCAAGUCACUUAAUCUUUCAUGGCUCUAGACAUCUCUCUUAGACCCUAAGUUGCAGAGAGAAGGUGCUGACCUGCAUUGGUAGAGGCGUACUCGUGGAAAGUAAACAAUGGAUGCUCUGGAUCACAUGCUUACGGAUCCUUUGGACCUGGGGCCAUGUGGAGAUGGCCAUGGCACUCGAAUUAUGGAGGACUGCAUGCUAGGAGGGACCAGGAUUAGCCUGCCAGAGGACCUAUUGGAAGAUCCUGAGAUAUUCUUUGAUGUAGUUAGCCUCUCAACAUGGCAUGAUGUGCUGAGUGACUCUCAGCGUGAGCACCUCCAGCAGUUCCUGCCUCACUUCCCUGAAGAUAACAUCGAGCAGCAAAAUCAGCUUAUUCUAGCCCUAUUCAGUGGGGAAAACUUUCGUUUUGGGAAUCCAUUGCACAUUGCCCAGAAACUCUUUCGAGAUGGGCACUUUAACCCGGAAGUAGUGAAGUACCGGCAGCUGUGCUUCAAGUCUCAAUACAAGCGCUACCUCAACUCUCAGCAGCAGUAUUUCCAUCGGCUACUGAAACAGAUUCUCGCCUCACGCACAGACUUGUUAGAGAUGGCUAAGACGAGUGGCCCUGCCCUUCCCCUUCGAAGGAAACGGCCUUCACUAUCCUGUACCCCUGAAGAAAGAGAACGACGCACUCAGCAGCGCUAUUUGAAGGUUCUUCGGGAAGUUAAGGAAGAAUGUGGAGAUAGCACCUUAUCCUCUGAUGAAGAAGAUCUCAGCUCAUGGCUUCCGAGCUCUCCAGCCCGUUCUCCUAGUCCUGCGGUGCCCCUGAGGGUGGUGCCCACGCUUUCAACCCUGGAUAUGAAAACUGCAGAUAAGCUAGAACUCGGGGACAACGAUCUGAAGAUGAUGUUAAAGAAACACCAUGAGAAGCGGAAACACCAACCCGAUCACCCAGAUCUUUUGACAGGGGACUUGACUCUCAAUGACAUCAUGACACGAGUGAAUGCUGGCAGAAAGGGCUCCCUUGCAGCUCUGUUUGACUUGGCUGUCCUCAAAAAAAAGGCAAAAGAGAAGGAAGAGAAGAAGAAAAAGAAGUUGAAAAUGAUAAAAUCUGAGAUAGAUGAUCUAGCUGAACCUCUGAGCAGUACAGAGGGGAUCCCACCCCUAUCCCAGGCCCCAUCCCCACUGCCAAUCUCUGCCAUCAAAGAAGAGCCUCUUGAAGACCUCAAGCCCUGCCUUGGAAUCAAUGAAAUAUCAUCUAGUUUCUUCUCCCUCCUACUAGAGAUCUUGCUCAUGGAGGGACAGGCUAGUCUUCCUAUGCUGGAGGAGCGAGUCCUGGAUUGGCAGUCAUCUCCAGCCAGUACCCUUAAUAGCUGGUUCUCCUCAGCUUCCAACUGGGCAGAAUUAGUGUUACCAUCCCUGCAGUAUCUUGCUGGAGAUAGCCGAGCUGUUCCUUCUAGCUUUUCUCCAUUUGUUGAGUUCAAGGAGAAGACCCAGCAGUGGAAACUGAUUGGCUCAUCCCAAGACAAUGAGAAGGAAUUAGCUGCCUUAUUCCAACUGUGGCUAGAAACCAAAGAUCAAACUUUCUGUAAGCAGGAAAAUGAAGACAGUUCAGAUGCCACAACACCAGGUCCCCGAGUAAGAACUGACUACGUGGUCCGGCCUAGCACAGGGGAAGAGAAACGGGUUUUUCAGGAGCAGGUGAGGAAGAACUUGAAACAGUGUGAACCUGGGAUUAGUGAAAAUGAACGUUUCCGUUAUAGCCAGCCCCACAAAGCUUUCACCUUCCGAAUGCAUGGAUUUGAAUCAGUGGUGGGGCCAGUCAAAGGUGUCUUUGACAAAGAGACCUCACUUAACAAGGCCCGGGAGCAUUCCUUGCUGCGUUCCGAUCGCCCUGCCUAUGUCACCAUCCUGUCUCUUGUCAGGGAUGCUGCAGCCCGACUGCCCAAUGGAGAAGGGACUCGGGCUGAAAUCUGUGAAUUGCUGAAGGAUUCCCAGUUUCUUGCUCCAGAUGUUACCAGCACUCAGGUGAAUACAGUAGUAAGUGGUGCUCUGGACCGACUACACUAUGAGAAAGACCCAUGUGUAAAAUAUGAUAUUGGACGAAAGUUGUGGAUCUACCUUCACCGUGACCGGAGCGAGGAAGAGUUUGAGAGAAUUCACCAGGCGCAGGCAGCUGCGGCAAAAGCCAGAAAAGCCCUUCAGCAAAAACCUAAGCCCCCUGCCAAGGUGAAGUCCAGUAAUAAGGAGAGCUCUGUGAAGGUGCUUAACAGUGGUACAUCAGAGCCAGGUCAGCUAAGUCUUAGUGACUCCAGCAUGCCAGCCACUCCUGUCACACCUGUCACCCCAACCACCCCAGCCUUGCCUGCUACUCCCAUAUCACCUCCACCUGUGUCAGCAGUUGGCAAGAAUAUACCUAGUACAGGCCCAGAACCAGCUAAAUCUAGCCCAAGCGUUCUUCUGGUAUCCUCACCAACAAUGCCUCAAUUGGGAACAUUGCUCUCCCCAACUCCAAGCAACCAGACUCCACCAAAUUCCCAGUCCACUGGCCGGGUGGUGAGCCAUUCUGGCUCGACUGGACUUCCCCAGGUGCGGGUGGUAGCCCAGACCAGCCUUCCCGCUGUCACUCAACAGCCCACCAACUCAACACAGACACUGCCACAGAUGCCAGUAGGCCCCCAAAUCCGGGUUCCAGCCACUGCUACGCAGACCAAAGUCAUACCACAAACAGUGAUGACAACAGUUCCAGUAAAAACUCAGCCUGCCCCAACCCCAGCAGCUGUGCAGCGGCCUGGGCAAGGCCAAGCAGGACUCACAGUGACAGGUCUCACUGCCUCCACUAGCCCUGCAGCAAAACCUGCCACCAGCUCCCCUGGAAGCUCUGCAUCAAGUUCCUCUACAACCACUGUUAUCCAGAAUGUCCCUGGCCAGAAUAUUAUCAAACAGGUGGCAAUUACAGGACAGCUGGGUAUGAAGCCUCAAACAGGCAACAGCAUCCCACUAACAGCCACUAACUUCCGCAUCCAGGGUAAGGAUGUUUUACGCCUGCCUCCCUCGUCCAUCACCACUGAUGCCAAGGGCCAAACGGUGCUACGUAUAACUCCUGACAUGAUGGCUACCCUGGCCAAGUCCCAGGUCACCACAGUCAAACUGACUCAGGACCUCUUUGGGGCAGGAAGUGGUACUCCAGGAAAGGGAAUCUCUGCUACUUUGCACGUCACUUCCAACCCUGUGCAUGCAUCUGACACCCCUGUCAAGGCCAGCUCAGCUACUGCCCCUUCAUCUACUCCAGCAGGCACCACUGUGGUCAAAGUAGCCCCUGACCUGAAACCUGCAGAAGCCUCAAGCUCAGCUUUCCGUUUGAUGCCCGCACUUGGUGUGAGUGUGGCAGACCAAAAGGGCAAAGGUGCAGUGGCUUCGACAGAGGCAAAGCCCGCCGCCACAAUUCGCAUUGUGCAGGGACUGGGAGUGAUGCCUCCUAAACCAGGCCAGACCAUAACAGUUGCCGCCCAUGCCAAGCAAGGGUCCUCCUCAGCAGGUGGGCCUGGAGCUGCUCAUACUUCCACUGUGUCCUUGCCCAGUAUGAGUGCUGCUGUGUCAAAGGCUGUGGCGGUGGCUUCUGGGGCCACAGGCACCCCUAUCAGCAUCGGGACGGGAGCCACCACCGUGCGACAGGUCCCUGUGAGCACAACGGUUGUAUCCACUUCCCAGGCUGGUAAGCUGCCUACAAGGAUUACAGUGCCACUGUCAGUGAUCAGCCAGCCCAUGAAAGGCAAAAGCGUGGUUACAGCUCCGGUCAUCAAGGGCAACCUCGGAGCCAAUAUCAGUGGAUUGGGCCGGAAUAUUAUCCUCACUACCGUGCCGGCUGGCACCAAGCUCAUCACUGGUAACAAACCUGUUAGCUUCCUCACUGCUCAGCAGCUGCAGCAGCUGCAGCAAGGCCAGGCCACGCAGGUACGCAUCCAGACAGUCCCAGCUUCCCACCUUCAACAGGGAACAGCUUCUGGAUCUUCCAAAGCUGUCUCUACUGUCGUCGUGACCACAGCCCCAUCCCCAAAACAGGUGCCUGAACAGCAGUGAACAUGGCCUUCCAGGGAAAGAAGAUGGCUUCUCAUGGACUCUCCUGGAUUUGUUCUCCCAGCUGAAGAGAAUAGGAGCUACAUCACACCUGUAAACCCUCCUUCUUAAGGAGAGAAAGGCCAGGUAGUGGGGCGAUGUCAGCAAACUGGAUUCUGCAGUCACAGGAUCUAGUGAAUAAUACCUAAAAGGGCCCCAGUUCACUCCAGGUUUCCUGAGCCUGCUUUGUGGAUUAAUCUAGGGCAAGACAGUUUAUUACAAUUGUAUGUGGUCCCAACUAUACCAUACGGACCAGAAUUUUCUCCCUUGCUGUUGAUUGGAGUCAAGUAGGAGAAUUAUGAGAGAGUUGCAGGCUCUGUGAGCAAGCCUUAAACUUGUUAUGUGGAGAUCUUCAGUGAUAGAUUUUAGCCUCACAUGGUAUUCCUUAGUCACUUCUGUGACUGGUGGAUUGGAUACCAGGUUUAGGUGACAUUUUGUGUCCAGAAAAUAAUUUUAUAUAACUUAUUGGUUUUUUUUUAAGAUACUGUUGCACCCCUUUCUCAAAACGGAAGCUUGGGCUUUAGCCCUUAAAUAGAUCACUUAGUCUCUUUUAAGGGAAUAGCUGGUAUACCAGCAGACUAGUGCAGAUUUUUUUAUGACUGUGAUAGAGAAAUGUGGCUGCAGAAAAUGUAGUUAAUGGAUGAACUACAGUGGAUUUCCUGAAAUGAGACUAGAGAUGGAAACUGCCUAUAUUAUAAGAUGGUAUGGGGACUUUGAACAUGGUGUAAGUUUAUUGCUAAGUCUUUAGACUUUGUCUGUAGACUUUGCUCCUCUUAUCAAACAGUGGCCCAGAAAAAGUGAGCAGGCUCCAGGGCAACACUACCAUUUAUGCUGCUUUUGCUGUCUUGCAUUAGGACCUUUAUUCCCUGUUAGUGGUAUUGCUCUCACUUCUGGUCUUGGAAUAAGGAAGAAGAGUAGCAAGGCACAGGGCCAAGGAGCAACCUAUCCAACAAGCACUGAUCUUACACAUAUUGACCUGAAGUUUUAAAACAUUUUAUUAAUACAGGCUGUUUCAUGCUUCUUUUAGCAGUCUCUAUUGCUGCCUGACAUUGCUCUUUUAAAAAAAUUUUUAAGUGUAAUAUAUAAUUAAAUGUGCUGUUAACACCAUAUGCCUUCUUGUUUGCUU